UCCUACCACAAACCCAGCAUUUAUAUCCUGUUUUAAGAUCAACUUGGCCUAAAAAGUUGACAGAGUUUUUAACUUGUGCUGUCAGCUUGACCCACUGUAGAGAUCAGUAUCAGUGCACAGUCUGAGCACAGCUCCACAUCGUUCUGUACCCGGGCUGUUAUUAUUGUUAUAUUAUUAUAACAAUCUGCUAUUAUUGUUCUACCUUCUAUACACUGGUUUAUACCUUUCCCUCUUGGUAUUCCUUGAUGUGGAAGAAGCAGCUGUCCAACCUCUGUCUCUGUAAUCGCUCUUAUCUGCAGGCACUAAAGAGUUACAGUUUGUGUAUCCGACCAGGAAAUGUUGUGUUUGCAGGCAGCCAAUAAAGCAGAGAUCAACAGCCCAGCUGACUCACCGGCAGGAAAUCCCGAGCUGCUUUUGAAUGCUGUGCAAAGCCGACUCGCACUUGGUGUCACAGGAGUUUCACUCCAUCACUCCGUACUUUUAUGUUUGCGUUUCCAGAGCCAUCAAGAAAUGGCCAAUCCAUUACCUGUGGUAGCCCAGGAAGAUUUGGAAAGCUUUACCUUGAGCAGGACAGGCUCAGGCUUUGCCCUCAAAGCCUUUCAUAUUUCCUGGAGCACUCCCAUCUCUGUGAAGCUGCUGACCAGCCAGGACACUAUGGACAGGGAGUGGAAGUUGCUACUUCAGGACAUAGCAAGUGUCAGACACUGUGAGUCUGAACGUCUCCUGCCUUUCCUUGGGAUUUACCAGUGCCAUGGACUUGUGGGGAUAGUGUCUGAAUGGAUGAACAAUGGAUCCCUCCAAUCUCUCAUCCAUGAGCAUCAACUGUACCCAGAGCUUCCCUUUCCCUUGCUCAUAAGGAUCCUGUCAGACGUGGCUGAAGGGCUGCAUCAUCUUCACAGCCUUGAACCUGCCCUCUGCCACUGCAGCCUGAAACCUUCCAAUGUGCUUUUGGAUGUGCAGUACAGAGCCAAGAUAUCAGAUUAUGGCCUGACCAACUGGAGGAAACAGCAGCUGAGGUCAGACCUGCAGAACUGCCAGCAGAGAAACUGCCAGAAUUUAGUGUAUCUUCCUCCUGAAAUACUUGAAGGAGGCCUCCCUUCACAGGAAGGUGAUAUUUACAGUUUUGGAAUCUUGUGUUGGGAGAGCCUCAGCAGACAGAAACCUUUUGAAGGUCAGGGAACCCUGCUUGAUGUUUUGAGAGGAAUCUGCAGCAGUUUGCGGCCAGGCAUUUCAGAAAAGUUCAUACCAAGCAAUUUGCCUGAAAGGAACAGACUGCUGCACCUCAUUGCUCUGUGCUGGCAUCAAGAACCAGAUUACAGACCACAUACUGCAGAAUGUGUACACCUUCUAAAUGGAGUUUUGACUAGUAUAAAUAAGGAGGUAAUUUCUGCAGCAAUCUACAAUUUGAUGGAUGCAAAGGAGAGAGCGCUUAACGCAUGCAAAGGCUCAGAGACCUACACGCUGCAGAGAGGCACCCGCAAUUCCGAGAUCAUCUAUCCACGAAAAGGCAACCGCUUAAUCAGCAAGAAAAUUCCUCUUGUAGUGCCAAGCUUGUCAACUGUUCUACCUGAUAGCAGUGCAAAUACAACAGGAAGAGAUAAUAUUGAGAUGGGUGUGUCAAGUACUACCUCACAGAAUGCAACCAAAGAUUGCCCAGGCUCUGAGAGAAGAAAACCAAGCUCCUUUUGCACAAAUCCUUCAUCUGGCUCAAAUGCAGGCAAAGAGAGCAGUCAGCAUAACUCUCCAGCACUGGCUCUUCAGCACAGACCACAACCAGUGCACCUUGAACAAGCAGUGAAAGGUCCUUGCAGCAAUGGAAACUGCUGUCAAAUCCUUGCCUGCCAGAGGCAGAGCAUCCUGAGCUGCAUGACAGAAGGGCUCCUGAACCACGUGCUGGACGUGCUGCGCUCUCAGCAGGCGCUGUCCCGAGUGGACUACGAGAGCAUCACCUCCUGCCCCACGGUGACCGCCCGCGCCCGCGCCCUGCUGGACACCUGCCUCUGCCUCGGGGAGAGGGCAGCACAAGCUGCAGUGGCUGCACUUUCAGUGAACAAACGUAGUCCUCUGGGACAAGUCAUUCAUGCCCAGGCUGUCCUUCCAAGAAGGGAGGAAAAUGAAUCAUUACCUUUUGGAGGUCACAGUUUGGAAGAAUGGCUAUUUAUAAAGACUUCCAAAUCAGGAUAAUGAACAACAGAAUACUGGAUGAGGAGAAAAAAUUGAGUGCCUUUCCCUGCACUCAUAUCUGAGCCGGCUGUUACAGUGAAAGGCUUCAGACAAUCAAGAAAUAUUUCUUCAGUAGGGCUUUAAGUAAGACUUGGAAGUUUUAUAUUAUGCAUAUAAAUUACUUCAUUUUCCUCACAAAUGGUCGUAUGAAAAUGUAGCAGUACUUACAUCAGUACUUCAGAGAUGUGGGACUUGGAGUACUCAUUAAAUGGAGAAACAUUAACAUUUUACAUCCCUGUAUCUCUCUAAACAUGUCUGCAGCUCAAAUGUAAAAUUAAUCCAAGCAGAAGAGGUGCCAAGAUGAUAAUUUUGAAAUGGUGGUUCUGCUGAACUGUUGUCAUGGUUGUACUCUAAUUGGAGACAGCCUGGGAAUACUGGGAAGUUUUGUAGCUCUGGCCUGGAUUCGCCCACGGUCGCAGAUGCUUUGGAGUGUCCUGCUGCUGCUUGAACUCAUCCUCAGGUCAUGGACCCUUCGACUUGAGUUCACACGGAGUUCCAGUCUGUCCAGGACAACAGUACAGAAACACUGCUGUUAUCAGAAUGUUCCCAGGCACAGUGGAGGAAGAUGAUAAGGGGUACAACAGGGAGUGAAAACAACAGCCCAGCCACUAACAAGCACCAGACACUCGUGGUACAGAAGGCAAACAAGGCCCAUGGCAAACACAGGAGUCUGUCAACAGAUCAACAGCAACAGCAGCUACAAAUGUGAUCCAGCACAGUAUUCCAGUAAAAUCUGUUGUUACUUUGAACCCUUCAAGCCUCACAUUGGAUGCUGAAAAGAACAUUUGUGCCAGUGAACAACUAUGCUCCCCAACAGUAAAGUGAGAAAGUGUGUUGGUUGAGAGCCAGACAAUUUCACAGGUAAAGCAAAAGCUGCACACAAGCAAAGGCAAACAUGGAAUUAAUUCACCACUUGCCAAAGGCAGGCAGGUGUCCAGCCAUCUCCAGGAAAGCAGGGCUCCAUCCUACGUAAUGGUUACUUAAGAUGACAAAUGCCAUCACUCCAUCCUCCCCAUCCUCCCCCUAGCUGAGCUUGAUGCCACAUGGUCUGGAGUAUCCCUUUGGCCAGCUGUGGUCAGUUGUCCCAGCUUGUCCUCCCCCAGCUCCUUGUGCACUCCCAGCCUCCUCCCUGGGGGGGUGAGGGGCAGAAAGGCCUUGGCUCUGUUUGAGCUCUGUCCAGCAAUAUCAAAACUUCCCUGAAUUGCCAACACUGUUUUCAGUACAAAUUCAAAAUACAGCCUCAUACUGGCUCCUAUGGAGAAAAUUAACUCUAUCCCAGCAAAAACCAGCAUAAUUUGAAAGAGAAAUAGUAAGAUUGCUUUCUUUAUAAUGAAAAUAAUGAUAUAAGGUGCUGGAUUUUUAAAGACCCAGUGGAGUUUCUUCAAGCUUCAAGGCACCAGAUGAACAUGAGACCUUGUUAUACCAUCUACAGGUAUUUCAAAUGUAAAACCAUGUUAUUUGUUCCCCUAUGUGCUUUUGUUCUCUCUGCAGUUUCAAAGCUCUCAUUGAAUUCAGUCAUUUGGCUGAUUGCAAAUGCAGUAAUGAUGUGAUGUCUGGGCACAGUUAAGAAAUCAGAAAUGUGUUACAUCAAAGUUUCUAGCUAUGAUGCUGCUGUAACCAUAAUAUUUUUUUUUUUUACAAAAUUUAUUGAACUUUGAGACUGCCUUGAAUUAAAAUAUUGUUACAAUUAAAAGCAAUGUCUAUCAGAA